AUGUUCGGAGUUCAGCAGCAUUUCCCGGACCCCACUCGGAAGAGGGGUCGGGAUGAGGAGGACGACAUGAUGAACGGCACUUUGAGCUUUGGCGAGCAUAGAAAUAAACGCCUGCAAUGCUUGCCCCUCCGAACUUCGCCAAACUCGAAGCGCUGGUCGGCGCCCGUCAUACCUCUCAAUGCCGCGCCCUACACACUCACCCCCGGUGACUCCGACUCGGAGGAGCAACCCAAGUCGCACUUUUCGCCCUGGUCCUCAUCACCCGCAACCAUGUCCUGCCAGCCGUCGCCUUUCGCACAGCAGUCCGACCGUGAUAUGGACAUGAUGGACACCAUGUCGCCACCCCCAGUUCCGCAGCAACAUGUACACCCGGAUCCGACGUCCUCCGUCAACGGCCGCAUGCCGACCCCCAUCCAGCCCAGCUUCGGAGCCCAGGUGCGCGGCGGCGGCUGGGGCGGACCGGGACCCGCAGUGAGCCACCUGAACGGCGUCGUUAACAUGGGCCACAUGCAUGCUGGCUUCAGCAGCGACGAGUCCCGCUGCAUCCCCCGCUCUAUGGACGGCGGGGACGACUGGCAUGCCGUGCAGAAUCGUCGCCUGCCUUCUCCCAUAAGCGAGGGCGAGGACUCAACCAGCCUUGCCGGUAGCGGAAGUCUCAGCCCCCCAGGAAUGAUUCUCGACAACGGCUUCCAAUCUACUCUUGCCAUGCGCAUGGAGCAGUCGUCGCUGGAUGGAAGUCAUGAUAUGGACAUGAUGGACGAUCACUCGGGUCACAUGGGUGAAGACUCCAUCACCACGACCAUCGAUAGCCAGCCGACAGAGACGACCUCGGCCCCUGCGACGCCAUCUCCCGGGCGCAAGGGUCACAUCCGAUCCAGGCACACGGUCAACAACUGGACCUGGCAGCCUGGCAUGAAGAAGAGUUUUAGCAUCGGCUACCGGGCCGACUGCGAAAAGUGUCGCCUCAAAGUACCAGGCCACUUCAACCACAUUGUCGUCUCAUAG